AGCGAAGAUGAAUUAUUAUGAAGCAACAAGAUAGUAGUCUUUGCCUUUAUAAUUGUCCUUACUGCAUAUGGGCCCUAUGGAAGUACCGUAAUUGUUUUCUGUUUGUAGGAGAUGCAUUUGCAAAUGUUGUCCGACAUCUCUCUCUACCUUCAGCUUCACCAUGUUGCCACGAUCAAACAAGCAAGAAACAAAGAUUAUGGAUCCAGAGACUUGGGAAAAUGACAGCAACCGUGGGCUGAGGAUAACAACCUGGAAUGGUGAGUGCGUCUAGUGGUAACGUGAUUAGGAUUUACUAACACAAGGACAGUUAAUGGUAUCAGGUUGGUGAUAUGCAGUUCCAGAAAACGGCAAAUACCAAUGCUGUUUACCUUGGCGCUUGAAACUAAUGUAGACUGGGUAGGAAUCCCUUUAGCUACCAGCCAUGGUGUGAGAAGAGAACAUUUUCUGUGAGCAGUCACAUAUGACAACCAUUGUGGAAAUGUAAUCUGACUCAUAUACAAGACGAUGUUUGAUAUCCUCGAAACUGAUAUUUUGGUGAUGCAAGAGACUAAAAUCCAGAGGAAAGAUCUCAGAGAUGAUAUGGUCUUGGUACCAGGCUGGGAUGUCUUCUUUAGCCUUCCAAAGCACAAGAAAGGUAUGCUAUUCUUAUUGUUCCUUGAAUUCAGAGCUAACGCUGGAAUUAAGGAUAUUCUGGUGUUGCCGUAUAUACAAGAAAUUCAGCGUGCGCUCCAAUACGUGCUGAAGAGGGUAUUACGGGUGUUCUAACCCCUCCAAAUUCUACAACCAGCUUCCGUGACCUUCCCAAGGAUCAGCAGAUUGGGGGAUAUCCCACGAACGCUCAACUUCAGGACUACUCCCUCGACGCCAUGACCCUGGACUCUGAAGGGAGAUGUGUUAUUUUGGAGUUUCCGGCGUUUAUCCUUAUUGGUCUGUAUUGUCCUGCGAACCGCGACGAAACUCGUGAUGAAUUUCGGCUUGCCUUCCUAAACGCCCUCGAUACACGGAUUCGGAAUCUUGUGGCUCUUGGGAAAAGUGUCUUAUUAACUGGAGACCUCAACAUCAUCGGAGAUGAGAUCGACACAGCCAACUUAGAGGAGCAACUAAAGAAACAGGGAUUAACGCUGGACGAAUAUAUAUCAACUCCUGCACGCCGUCUGUUCAAUCAUCUCUUAAUUGGGGGAAAAGUGGUUGGGGGAAGAGAUGAAGGAAGAGAGCCACAAAUCAUGUGGGAUGUAUGUCGCGGCUUUCAUCCUGCACGAAAGAAGAUGUUCACAUGCUGGGAACAGAAGAAAAAUGCCAGACCUGGGAAUUUCGGCUCAAGGAUCGAUUAUAUUCUUUGCAGCGAGGACAGGAAAGAAUGGUUCCAGGAGUCAAAUAUUCAGGAGGGACUCAUGGGAUCGGAUCAUUGUCCUGUUUUUGCCACCUUGAAGCCUAGAGUGAAGUUAGAUGGUGUCGAGGUCGAUAUUCGUGACGUGAUGAGCAAGGACAUGUUCAAGAAUGGAGUCAGGGUGCGGGAAUGGUCGAUAAAGGAUUUGCUACCCACGUCUGCUAAGCUAAUCACAGAAUUCGAUCGACGUCAGAGUAUUCGUGAUAUGUUCACAAGGAAUCUAACUGACUCUAUGACUGCUGAGUUGCCUUCGACUGCGUCAGAGUUCCAAAAUGGGUUGGAGGAGUUGGCACAAAAAGAUGCAACACCCAGCUCACAUCAGAGUGCCAAAUCACUUGAAGUAUCCUCUACUAAAACGGAUUUUCCAUUAGAGCCAUCCAUAUCAUCAUCGUCGUCUGUUCCAGUCAAGCGGUCCUCCGAUGCAUUGCCACCAAUAUCACAACCAUCCAAACGCAGUAAGACAGAAGGCAAAACAAGCAAAGCAUCUUCUAGCGGAAAAUUGACCAAAGGACAACCGGGAAAAGGACAAAGUAGUUUAAUGGGGUUCUUUAAGCCUAAGACACCGCCAGCAGCACAGACACUUCCGCCAUCGACGAGUAACCCUGCCACGGUAACGCCUGCAACUUUAAAAUCAUCAGCAGUUCGCGGAUGCUCCGUUAGUUCUAGCACGGAGAAUAGGUCUUUGGAGACCGCAGAAUGCGCAAAUAGCGACGAAGAAAUUAGAAACUCGCUUAUGUUACCACAAGAUACAGAAGUACACGAUCCCAUAGUAGCGAAGGAAUCUUGGUCAAAGCUGUUAACGAGACGCAUUCCCCCCAGAUGUGAGCAUAAUGAGCCAUGUAUUAGCCAUAUAACGAAAAAGCAAGGCAUGAACCGUGGCAGGUCCUUCUACAUGUGUCCUCGACCUCUGGGACCAUCAGGUCAGCAAGAGAAGAAUACAGAAUGGCGCUGUAGUACAUUUAUUUGGAGUAGUGAGUGGAAUGGGAAGGAAAGCUGAGGCUGGAAACAACGCAGAAGACAAAAAGUAGCACCUGGGAUUGGGGCAAGAAGUGUAUACCUAUCUAUCUUGUCGACGGCAUGAUGACAUAUUUUCAAACAUGCACACACAUCGACAUACAAUUACCUCAAUACCUACAUUUUUAUUGCUCACGUAAUCGCAACUGGGAAGCAGGAAGUAGGAAUCGUAUACCCUCCCUCCCCUAACCAGCAACAGCAAUCAAAAGCCAUUCAUGUCACAUACAUCCAUCUACAUCCCAUGACCAACUCUACCGCAUCACCUUUACAAGAGUAAUCUUAAUUUCCCAGCCCCCUCUCAACCUCGCCUUUUCGGCCUUUGACAAGCCGAGCCCGCAUCGUCGCCGCUUAGGGGAAAAAGAAACUUGCUUCUCAAUAUUGACCACGAACAAGAUUCACCCUAAUGGGGGACAACGACCAGCCGCCUGAUUUUUAGAUUGUAGCUGAAGCAAGCAAGAAAAUUUUCACGCUCGAUUUCAAAGAUUUGAGAUUUUGAAAUGAAUCAAGGGAAUGAUUAUGGCUGCGAUAAAGGUGAAGAGGAAGAUGCUGCGUUUUGGGGGAUGAUAAAUUCUUGUCAGCAAAGGCACUCGGAGAAAAAAAGAAAUAGAUGUCAUAGUUACAAUGGUCACAAUGUAGGCAGUAACUAGAGAGUAUUAUGAAGUGUAAAAGUUCUAUUCUUUUGUAAUAUAAAACGUGUG